AUGAAUUAAUAAGAAUAUAUGAACAGAAUCUUUUAAAACUAGAUAACCAAUUAACCUCUUUUAGUCUGUCUAUAAUAUUAACCCUUAAUGUUUUAAUAUAGUAUAAAUAUCAUCUAGCUAAAAUUAGUUCCUUAAAUGUAUUGUGGUGAACUGACUUAAUAAAAUACAGAAAUUAAAUAUGUAAGUAAUUAUUGCAAUGGAACAAUCAAUUAUGAAUAGUAAAAUUAGAGCAACCAACAAUAACCUAAACUUUAAGAAAUGCCUUAAAGUAUAAAAAAUGAAACAGAAAGAGAAAUAAAAGAGAGUAAAUUUAAUGGUAUUAAAAUUCAAUCUACUUGUUGUUUAGGUCAUUGGUCUAAAUAAGAACAUGAAUUGUAUCUUGAAUUUGUUAAUAAUCACUUUGAUAUUUUGAAAUCAAAAUAUGAUAAAAAAUCCAAAAAGAUUUUUAAACUGAUGAGCAAGUUCAUUACUACAAGAACUCCUACAUAAUGUAGAUCACAUCAUUAAAAAUUUAACCCACUUCAAUCAAACAAGAAGAAGAAGAAUUCUAGAUUGGGGAAAUAUUGA